CUGCGUUGAAACGCGUGUUGUGCCUCUUCGGCGGGUAAAAGAAACAUGAACGAAAUGCUGUCCGUGGGCACAUCCGAGCUCUGGAAGAAUCGACAUCCCGAGUUUCCCCCAUGGCCCCAUCGGCGUGAGCCCUUGCCAAAAAAUGCUUCUUGAUCCAUUCUUACCUGGGUAUUUUGACUUGUGCGCUUCCCAGAGCAUUCACUGCCCACCUCAGCGGCCUUGCAAGUGGAAGCGAGCGGCGAGAAGAUGGAGUCGUUCCGCGUCCGCCUCAACUGUAUCGAUCAUUACCAAGCCACGCCCACGCGAUAUGAUCCCCAACUACGAAAGGACUAUCGCGCCUCUCAGGCGGCGAAGGAACCCAAGCUUCCCGUCGUUCGCGUUUUCGGGUCGACUGAGACAGGGCAGAAGGUCUGCGCUCACAUUCACGGCGCGUUCCCUUAUCUGUACGUUGAGUACCGUGGGCCAUUAGAGAAGAAGCUGGUGUCUGAAUUCAUCCUCAAGCUCCAUGCGUCCAUUGAUCAAGCUCUGGCUGUCAGCUAUAGAAGAGAUCGAGAUCGGGACCGGCCGCGUUUCGUUGCUCGAAUCACGCUUGUCAAAGGAGUUCCAUUUUACGGCUUCCAUGUGGGGUACCGAUUCUACCUCAAGCUCUACAUGCUCAACCCCCUGGUCAUGACCAGGCUGGCCGACCUGCUCCAGCAGGGGUCGAUCAUGAACCGCAAGUUCCAGCCUUAUGAAGCUCACCUUCAGUUCCUCCUCCAGUUUAUGACCGACUACAAUCUGUACGGCUGCGACUACAUCGAGGUCGGCAACGUACGGUUUCGGUCUCCCAUUCCGGGCCCUGCCGGCCCGGAAGAUGCUCCGCGAAUAUGGGACAGUAACACGAUCCCACCACAGUUCAUCACAGACGACUUUGAGCUGCCUCGUUCAAGCCAUUGCGAGAUCGAAGUGGACAUAUGCGUGCAAGAUAUUCUCAAUCGCCGGGAAGUGAAAGAACGGCCGCUUCACCAUGAUUUCAUCGAGCGAGAACACCCCUUACCGGCCGACAUCAAGCUUGUUCACAGCAUGGCUGGGCUGUGGAAGGAUGAGACGAAGCGGAGGAAAAAGUUAUCAGGAGAUUCGAGUGACGGCAGCAGUCCGUUUCCCCCUGAGGCCCUGGUCUCUAUGUCAGCCAACCCACGCCAUACUUCACCACCUGGUUGGAUUCAGGAGGCAGAGUAUCGCAAGCAGCUUCAGCAACUCAUUGAAGCUGAGGUCGACAAUGAGGACUACAGAGAGCUCACAUUCUCCAACUAUGUCCAGCCGCUCCCUUUGGAGGACACCAUUCCGACAACUCUACAGUCCGUCGAGGAUAUGUUUCCGGAGAACCUGCUUCGUGCCUUGGGUCUCGAAGACAGAUUGAUACAGGAGAAUCCGGACGUUGUGAGGAACAUUGAAAUCGACGAGGAAAAGAUUCUGGAACUCGAAAUGGGUGAAGAGGCGCGGCAGCUCUUUCCGGAGUACUCGGAAGAGAACAAGGCCAAGAAAGGAGACCAGGCGACGGAGCCAGCUGAUUCAACUGUCUGCGCUGGUUCCAAGGCCCAAAUAGCACCAGACUUGAAAGAAACCGAAGCGAUCGCAAACCUGCAACGCACAGUCAACGAAAUCGGUGGUGGUACCGCUGUCAGCGGCAAGCGUAUUGGCAGGCGGCCCAACAUCCCGAUACCCAAGGGCAUCUUCAGUGAGGCUCAAAGGCUGGGGUUAGUAUUGAUGGAGGAUGGGUUGCUUCCUGGAGCACCGAGAGAAGAUAAAAAACGUCCUUCAUCGACACAGCCAGACAGCCGUCCACCAAAGAGGCCAAGGCUCAGACAAUCGGAAAGCGAUGCGGGCGUCCUCGAGAAAACUGGUCUUGGUGCUAAGCCAUUCUCGGUCACAGAAGCCAGCGACAAGCCACCUGUGACAGGACAGGCUCAAUCCUCACAGCCAAAGCCUGCUAUAAAGGGAAACCCGCAGAAGCAAGGCAAGCACCUGGCUCUGAGCUUUCCUGUGGUAAAGGAUCCUCAGAACCCACAUACUCAGCUGAGACUCAGUCAGCAACAUGGCUCACAGCAGAGCGACAAUGAGACACCGAAGAAGCAUGUAACCUUUGACUUUUCCAUGUCCACCAGGGGACCUCAGUCAGAGCAGGGUAAGAGUCCAGCUAUCACAAGCUCAGAAGACUCUCCGGUUACCCCAAAGGCAGUGAGACUGUCUGGAAAGCCAAAGUACCGUUGGGAUGGUCCAACAACCAUGUUUGUUCUCCACAGCCAACCGCCAACAGCCCAAGAGGUGUUGUCCACCAUGCAGACCUACGGACUACCAGACGUCAUCUACCGAGAUGCUUUCUACAGUCAAGACGAAGAUGUCCCUCGGCGGCCACGAGAGUACGCAGGCAAAGAGUACCGUUUGGGAAGCGACACCCUUCCUUACCUCCCCGACUUUGAUCCCAAAGGCGAGUCACCAGCAACAUAUGGCAUCAAACCGGAGCAGGGUCCUGAUUUGGCGGGACUGGAGCUGUCAUACAAAAAACAGCGGAUGGCAUGCACUUUACGAACCUGGGAAAUCGCCACGCCACCGCCUGCCUUCCAAGAGGUCAGCCAGUGGUGGGAUGGCAAGCAAAAGAAGAGCUCUACGUCUUCCAAAAAGCCGGGGGAUACACACUCUCCUUUGACCGGCACACAGAGCGCAAACCCGAAUCUCAUGUCGCAGAUCAUCGGCGCGACACCGAAAAACAAACAUGGGUUCAGAUACUCCCAGAAGGCCAAAUCAACCAGUGUCCAGCAUGAGGCUCAAUACAUGAGCACCAUGAGUCUAGAGAUCCACGUCAACACCCGCGGGAAGCUGGUGCCGAACCCAGAAGAGGACGAGAUUCAGUGCCUCUUUUGGUGCAUGCGAUCUGACGAGCAGGUCCUCUUUGGAGGAAGUCAAGCCGAGAACGGCACACUGAGCGGGAUCAUUGUCUUGUCGGAAGACGGUCUCCUGGCGGAACAGAUCCGCAAGCAAAUGCCUAGCAAGGUUGACGUGGUGGCGGAAGAAAGCGAGCUCGAGCUCAUGAACAAGAUUGUGGAGAUUGUGAGGAUGCACGAUCCUGACAUCUUGACCGGGUAUGAAGUCCAUGGUGGCUCGUGGGGGUACGUGGUGGAGAGGGCGGGCAGGCAGUACGGAUAUGAUCUCUGCAACGAGUUCUCGCGGAUGAAGUCUUCGUCACCUUCGUUUGGAAAGUCAGGGAGGGAGGCUGAUCGCUGGGGGUUCAACACGACGUCUACGAUUCACGUUACCGGGAGGCACGUGAUCAAUGUUUGGAGGGCCAUGCGGGGAGAGCUGAACCUGCUGCAGUACACCAUGGAGAACGUGGUCUGGCACUUGCUGCACCGGAGGAUGCCGCAUUUCUCGUGGAAGGACCUGACGGAGUGGUACAAAAGCGGGCGGCCGAGGGAUCUGGCCAAGGUGCUGCGGUAUCAUCUCAAGAGGACAAGGAUGAAUAUCGAGAUCCUCGAGGCCAACGAGCUGAUCCCCCGAACGAGCGAGCAGGCCAGGCUGUUGGGAGUGGAUUUCUUCUCUGUCUUCUCCCGCGGCUCUCAGUUCAAGGUCGAGUCUAUCAUGUUUCGCAUCGCCAAGCCAGAGAACUUCCUGCUUGUUUCCCCGAGCAGAAAGCAAGUCGGCGCGCAAAACGCGCUCGAAUGCCUACCCUUGGUCAUGGAGCCCCUGAGCAGCUUUUACACCAGCCCCGUGUUGGUGCUGGACUUUCAAUCCCUCUACCCCAGCGUCAUGAUCGCGUACAACUACUGCUACUCCACCUGCCUCGGCCGCAUCGUCAACUGGCGCGGCACCAACAAGAUGGGGUUCACCGAGUACAAACGCCGGGAGGGCCUGCUCAAGCUCCUCGAACCGCACAUCAACAUCGCCCCCAACGGGCUGAUGUACACCAAGCCCACCAUUCGCAAAUCUUUGCUGGCCAAGAUGCUGACGGAAAUCCUCGAGACGAGAGUCAUGGUCAAGUCGGGGAUGAAGCAAGACAAAGACGACAAGACGCUCCAGCAGCUGCUGAACAACAGGCAGCUUGCGCUCAAGCUGCUUGCUAACGUCACGUAUGGGUACACCUCUGCGUCGUUUUCCGGGCGGAUGCCGUGUUCGGAGAUAGCGGACAGUAUUGUCCAGACCGGCAGGGAAACGUUGGAAAGAGCGAUAGCGUACAUCCACAGCGUGGACAGGUGGAAGGCAGAGGUGGUGUACGGGGAUACAGACUCGCUGUUUGUCCACCUCCCCGGCCGGACUCGGGAGCAGGCCUUUGCCCUGGGGCGGGAGAUGGCGGAGGAGAUCACGGACGUGAACCCGAGGCCGGUGAAGCUCAAGUUUGAAAAGGUGUACCAGCCGUGCGUUUUGCUCGCGAAGAAGAGGUACGUAGGGUACAAAUAUGAGCAUCCGGGCCAGGAAGCGCCAGAGUUUGACGCCAAGGGGAUCGAGACGGUGCGGAGGGACGGGACGCCGGCCGAGCAGAUGAUCGAGGAGAAGGCCUUGCGGAUCCUGUUCGAGACGGCGGAUUUGAGCAAAGUGAAGGCGUACUUCCAGACCCAGUGCUCAAAGAUCAUGAAGGGGAGCGUCUCGGUGCAGGACUUUUGCUUCGCGAGGGAGGUGAAACUGGGGAGCUAUAGCGCCAAGGGACCCGGGCCGGCGGGUGCGUUGAUAGCGGGCAAGAAAAUGUCGGAGGAUGCGAGGGCUGAGCCGCAGUACGGGGAAAGGGUGCCGUACGUGGUUGUCACCGGGGCUCCCGGCGCGAGGUUGAUUGAUCGGUGCGUUGCGCCGGAGGAGCUGUUGGAGAGGGGGGUGACGGAGGGGCUGGAGCUGGAUGCGGAGUAUUAUAUUGGCAAGAAUUUAAUACCGCCGCUGGAGAGGAUAUUCAACUUGGUGGGCGCAAAUGUGAGGGCUUGGUAUGAGGAGGUUCCAAAGGUGCAGAUGGUGAAGAAGGGGCAGCAACAGCGUGCGGUAUCGGACGGGGAGAAUGUUGGUGCCAAGGCGAAGAAGACGUUGGAGCACUUUCUUGCUUCGAGGACCUGCUUGGCUUGUGGGGUGAAGAUGGCACCGGCACCGCCAGCCCCUGCUUUUGCAGAGGAGGUGAAUGAGGAGGAGAAGAUGCCACUUUGCGAGAGGUGCAAGGAGGAUGAGCUGGGGACCAUGGUGGUGUUACAGGGGAGGUUAAACAGUCAGAGGAAGGGGUACAAUGACUUGGUGAAGAUUUGCCAGAGCUGUGUCGGGCUGGGGUCGUGGGAUGGAGGGGACCAGGAGGUGAAGUGUGACAGCAAGGACUGCCCGGUGUUCUAUAGCAGGGUGAGGCAGCGGGCAAAGGUGCAAGGGGAGGGAGUGGUGCUGGAGGGAGUCAUCAGGGGGCUAGGGGAGAAGGUUGCUAAGGGUUCUACGGGGUUGGAAUGGUGA